UCUCGCGGGAUCUGGUCUCGGCUCUAACUCCUCGAGCUCGGCGCCAUUGUCGGCAUGUCUCCGAUCAGCUCAGAUUAUUGAUCAUCGCUGAUUAUCGAUCAGGCCGCACAGAGCGCGUGUGAUUCUGCUGCUGAGGCUCGUGUUCUCCGCAGGGUUCGGACAUGGGGCGGAAGAAGAAGAAGCAGAUGAAGCCGUGGUGCUGGUAUUGUAACCGAGACUUCGACGACGAAAAGAUCCUGAUCCAGCAUCAGAAGGCCAAACAUUUCAAAUGCCACAUCUGCCACAAGAAGCUGUACACUGGCCCCGGCCUGGCUAUCCACUGCAUGCAGGUGCACAAAGAAACCAUCGACAGCGUGCCCAACGCGAUUCCUGGAAGGACGGACAUCGAGCUGGAGAUCUACGGUAUGGAGGGCAUCCCAGAGAAAGACAUGCAGGAAAGAAGACGGACGUUAGAACAGAAAUCUCAAGAGAGUCAAAAGAAAAAGUCAAACAAUCAGGACGACUCCGAUGAGGACGAUGACGACGACGAUGAAGCGGGACCGUCGGCACAGCAGGUUGCCGCUGUCCAGCCUCAGACAGGAUACGGCGCCCCGAUGGCCCAGCUUGGGAUGCCGCCUGUGGCCGGCGCGCCAGGAAUGCACCCGGGAGGAUAUCAAGGAAUGCCUCCCAUCAUGCCCGGCGUUCCUCCCAUGAUGCACGGCAUGCCUCCUGCCAUGCAUGGAAUGCCACCAGGCAUGAUGCCGAUGGGUGGAAUGAUGCCUCCCAUGAUGCCAGGCAUGCCCGGCAUACCCCCCGGAAUGCCGCCUCACAUGGCUCCAAGGCCGGGGAUGCCCCACAUGGCCCCGGCCCCCGCAGCAGGAGCGAUGCCCAGUCGACCAGUAGCACCCGUGGCCCAGCCCGUCGUCACCAAACCUCUGUUCCCCAGCGCAGCACAGAUGGGCUCAGCAGCCGUGUCCUCUCCACCUGCAGACCUCCAGUCUGUCUCCUCCCAGCCUCCCUUUCCUAAUACGCCACAAGCCCAGCAGAGCACUUCAGGAGCUGUCGCUUCAAACUCCCACAGCACAGCCGCCUCCUCCGACCCUCCCAAAGCAACAUUCCCAGCCUACACCCAGCCCUCUGUCUCUUCCUCCUCUUCCACUUCUGUUUCUUCUAACCCUUCUAGCAGCACUGUGGCCAAACCCCCAGCCACAGUGACCAAUAAGCCUGCCACCCUCACCACCACGAGUGCAACUAGAGGAGAUGAGGGCCCAGUUGCCUCGCUACCAGCGUCUCCUACCCAGGCCGGGUCAGGCCCAUGCGGCUGCUCCCCCAGUGGCUGCCGUGGGCAGCAUAAUGCCCCCACAGCAAGGCAUGCCACCACAGCAGCCCGGCAUGAGGCAUCCCAUGCAUGGUCAGUAUGGUGCUCCUCCUCAGGGCAUGCCCAGCUACAUGGGAGGGAUGCCUCCAUAUGGGCAGGGUCCUCCCAUGGUGCCCCCUUACCAGGGAGGCCCCCCCAUGGGCAUGAGGCCGCCCGUCAUGUCUCCGGCUGGACGCUACUGAAGCAGCAAAGCAGCAGCAGCAGCAGCCACCACAUUAGGUUUGAGGUUCACACCUUUCUCUCAUGCUUUUUCAAACCUAGCUGCGAGCAAAGAGCAGUAAGACCAGUGGUGGUGAAGACCAACAUGAUAUGUUAGAGCACGUGGACAUUAAAUGUAACAUGUUUAUCGGAAAGCAGCCACAUAAGUUCCUGAAUCUCUUCUGUUGUUGUUGAUCACAUGUGAGGAUAUAUUCUUUCCCCAUAGGUUCACUCAGGUUAAUAGAAGUGAAGUGUGUUAAAAUGAUCAUAUUUCUUUUGAAGCUGCUGGAGUUACAUGAACGUACCAUCCCCUUACAAAGGCAAGUUUCUCUUGUAAACAUUUGUUUCAUUUCUUUUGUUUCUUCUGUUUUAUUUUUGGUAGAUGGCUUGAGGCCCUCACAGCACGCUUAGGUGCUGUUGGACUUGCGUCCCCAACCUUGGUUGGUGAGGGUCUCAGUGGCGAAAAUGAUUCCAGUUAAGUAGUAUUACAAAUUCAUGCCUCAUCAGUCUCUAGCUUUAUUCUUAUUUCAGGUUUGUUUUUAAUAUUUCCUGGUCAGAAGGGUACCUGUAUGCAUCCUUUGUAAUGUUUUAUGAAUCUGUUGUAAUAAAAUUCAUCUUGAAAUCCAA